AUGGCUUCUGCAGCAGCAGAGGUGGAGAAGAGGUCUUCGAUUGUGGUGGGGCUGCUGGUUGCAGGCAACAUCAUUAUUCUGCUGUCAGGCCUGGCCCUGUUUGCCGAGACAGUAUGGGUGACAGCUGACCAGUACCACGUGUAUCCACUGAUGGGCGUCUCGGGCAAGGAGGACGUCUUUGCUGCUGCCUGGAUCGCCAUCUUCUGCGGCUUCUCCUUCUUCGUUGUGGCCAGCUUUGGUGUGGGUGCAGCUCUGUGCCGCCGGCGGUCCAUGAUCCUCACGUACCUGGUGCUCAUGCUCAUCAUCUACAUCUUCGAGUGCGCCUCCUGCAUCACGUCCUACACCCACCGAGACUAUAUGGUGUCCAACUCAUCCCUGAUCACCAAGCAGAUGCUGACAUUCUACAGUGCAGACACGGACCAGGGCCAAGAACUGACCCGCCUCUGGGACCGUAUCAUGAUUGAGCAAGAGUGCUGUGGCACAUCUGGUCCCAUAGACUGGGUGAACUUUACAUCAACCUUCCGGGAGGCCACCCCAGAAGUGGUAUUCCCCUGGCCCCCACUGUGCUGUCGGCGGACUGGCAACUUCAUUCCCCUCAGUGAGGAAGGCUGCCGCCUGGGCCACGUGGACUACCUGUUCACCAAGGGCUGUUUUGAAUACAUUGGCCAUGCCAUUGACAGCUACACGUGGGGCAUCUCAUGGUUUGGGUUUGCCAUCCUGAUGUGGACGCUCCCUGUGAUGCUGAUAGCCAUGUAUUUCUACACCACAUUGUGAGGAACAAGAAGGGAAGGCAACGUGCACACUUUGGCCUCGUCCUCCUCCUCUCCUGCUUCCUCCAGCUGAGGCCUGGAUGACUGCCUCAUCCCUCCCCUUCCCACCUCCCUCAUCCUUCCCUCCUUCUACUCUCAAGAUCUUUUACCAAGUUUCCGAGCCCUCCUGGGAGUUGGGAGUGCCCUGAAACUCCUGGACAUGUAUGCAUGGACCCUAAGCUCUUAACCUCAUUUUAUUUGGUUAAUUCCUGGCCCAUCUAUCAGUGCCAAUUUAGAGUCCUGUCCUCAGAUCUCACCAUCCCAACUCCAGAUGCCUCUCUUAUAGCUAGUUCCCUGAGCUCCUCCUUCAUGGUGCAUGUCACCAUUAUUACGGAGUUGUUUGAUUGUCUAUUUAAGCUCUGAUAGAUUGGGAUUGCUGUGAGGGGAGGGACAAGUUCUGUCAUGGUCGCUUUAUUGUCUCCAGCAUU